AUGGGUUCAGCGGGUGAAGUCGCUCAAAAGGGUGUGGAACAAGAUGACUUGAUCAUGCCGUUGAUUGACUUUGGGGCCUUUCUGCAUGGGUCUCCAGCCGCCAAAAAGGCCACGGCCGAGCAAAUCUCCCACGCCUUCCACACGUCAGGCUUCCUGUACCUGCAGAACCACGGCGUCCCCGCAGACCAGAUCUCGCACGCCUUCUCCCAGUCGGCCGAGUUCUUCAAGCGGCCCCAGGAGCAGAAGGACGCCCUGAGAUGGACGACCCCGGACGCCAAUCGCGGCUACGUGACCUCGGGCCGCGAAAAGGUGACGCAAUCUAGUGACCCGGAUGUCAUCGCCAAACUGCGUGCCUCCAACCCGGAUCUGAAGGAGUCCAUGGAGAUUGGUCGUGAGGGCGUCGAGGGGAAACCCAACCAAUGGCCGGCACACCUGGACGAGGCUGGCGCCGCCUUUACCCGGGACAUGCAACAAUUCUUCCUCACGCUGAAGGACCUGCACGUCAAUGUCAUGCGCGCCAUCGCGCUGGGCAUGGGCAUGGACGAACACUUCUUCGACAGCUACACGGACGGCGGGGACAACACGCUCCGACUGCUGCACUACCCACCCGUCAAGAAGAGCAUUUGGCGGGCGAACCCGAACCAGGUCCGCGCAGGCGAGCACUCGGACUACGGGUCCAUCACGCUGCUGUUCCAGGACGACAUUGGUGGCCUCGAGGUCAAGUCCCCCAGGGGCACGUGGGUGCGCGCCACGCCGAUCCCGGGCACCAUCGUGGUGAACGCGGGCGACCUGCUCCAGCGCUGGAGCAACGACCAGAUCCGGUCGACGAACCACCGCGUGAUCCAACCCCCGCCCAAAGCCGAGCUCCUCGACGACGAGGACCCCGACGCCACGGUCCCCGCGCGCUACAGCAUCGCCUAUUUCUGCAACCCCAACUUCGACCGCUGGAUCGAGGCCCUCCCGGGCACCUGGGAGGAGACGGGCAAGAAGUACGACGGCAUCAACAGCGGGGACUAUCUGGUCAUGAGGCUGGCUGCGACUUAUUGA